AUGAUGCUGCAAGCGAUAGCUCACCAGAAAAAGUAUGGCGUGUCGAAACCGUGGCAGCAGGAAGGUGUCUCGGCGACUGAGCCAAUUGCGCUCGUCUAUUCGGAACCCAACAGUCGUAUCAAGAUUGGCAUGGCGUAUGGACAAAUCGGUAAACGGUUGCUGUUGAUUAAAGCAAGUAAGAGUGGAACGAAGAACCCGACACUCUAUACCGGAGAAGGAUUUGUUGUCCGUGAGAACGGAAGCAUUCGCGUGACCCCAUACGUUGUUGUCCGCGAUAUGUGGUGGCUCGAUGAGAACAGGUCAAGUUUGUAUAAGCGGUUCGGUAUCAGCAGUGAUCGGCUCGAUCAGCUCCACCAAUUCGCCAACGAACAUCUGAAUCAGGCGGAGGCUGCCCUCACCCGAAAAGACUAUCAGCAGGCACUCAAGCUCGCUCGCGCUGCUUGGGGAUACGAAUCCCGCGCCUAUCCCGAUGUGAAGAAAACGGGGAAUGACGUGGUCAACGGUGUGAUGUUCUAUCUCGCGCUCCUGAUCCCGUUCGCCUACUUCAUGGAACGGUUGAUAUUCGCCUUCCCCACCGUCCAAAAACAGAUUAUGGGGACAGGCGCGAUUUUCCUCGUCGUAUUUUUCUUCUUGGCACAGGUGCACCCCGCGUUUCAGAUUACUACAACCCCGGUUAUCAUCCUGAUUGCGUUCGUCGUCCUCGCAUUGACGGCAAUCGUAAUCAGUAUCAUCGUCCGGAAGUUUGAAGAACAGGUGGAAAAAAUUAAGCAGGAGGGCUCACAGGUGUACAAGGCGGACGUGGGACGUUUGUCUGCCUCCGCUGCCGCUUUCAGCUUGGGUAUUUCCAAUAUGCGUAAGCGGAAGGGGCGUACCAUCCUCACCUGUAGCACACUCGUCAUUCUCACCUUUACGGUCAUCUCCUUUACAUCGGUGCGUACCUUUAUGCACCCCAACAGCACUAACCUACCUUCAGUGACGCCGCGGUACACCGGGAUGCUUAUCCGAGAUCAGUAUUGGAAUCCGCUUGAGGAACCCGUUGUCAACUCAAUCACGAAUGAUUUGCAGAAAACGCAAAUCGCUGAGAAAGAUUUACGGCUACUACUGAGGAAACGAUUGGGGCAAAAAGGUAAAUCUAGAGAGCAGAUUGACGUAGAAAUUGAAGCAAUCAUGGCCCAAUUACGUCAGCAGGGAACAUUGAUAGAACAGGGUGAAGAAUCCAUAUUGCGAGUGUACAACAUCGUCGCACCACGCGCGUGGUAUCAGUCUGCAGGAACCGGUGAUCAGUCGUUUGUGCAGCUAGAGCGCACCGCCAACCCACAAGAUCCCGUACCGCCUGUCAAUACCACCACCGGUCAGCCAAAGACCUACUCCGCCACGAUGCUGGUCGGGAUGAGUCCAAAUGAACCCGGUGUCACAGGAAUUGACCGCUACCUCCAAUACGGUCGAUGGUAUCACCCCGACGAUGAAGGGGAGUGGCCCACACAAUGGCCCUACGCUUGUGUCCUGCCCAAAGGUAUGGCGGAUCUGCUCGGCAUCACCGAAGCAGAUAUGGGCAAAGCGACCGUCUCCGUAUACGGCGCGGAUUUCACCGUUACCGGCGUCCUCGGUAUCGGCUUCAAAGACCUACAGGAUAACGAUGGCGAGGAACUGACACCCGUUGACUACCAACUGAUGCAGCAGCAGGAGGCACGAGGCGGCGGCGCACAGGGUCAGAACCAAGCCAUGGAAGGAGAGUUAGAAAAAUAUAUCCAUCUACCUCCUGACGCUGUGGCUAUCCUGCCGUAUGAGGUGGUAAUGAAUCAGGGUGGAACGCUACGCUCGGUUGCUGUCAACAUGGAAAUACAGCCCGGCGAUCCAGCAGUUUUCAGUGCCGCAGAUAAACUGGACCUGAUCAUGGCACCUCUGAUGAAUCGAAUCGCACUCGACUUCUUCGUUGGAAAAGAUCGGGACACCUAUCUCUACAGCUCAAUCGGAAUGACCUCUUUCUCUGGUAUGGGUAAUCUGUUCAUACCGAUCCUCAUUGCGUCGUUGAUUGUUCUGAACACGAUGCUCGGUGCGGUCUACGAACGGGUCCGUGAAAUCAGCAUCUACAGUUCUGUCGGGCUUGCCCCUGUGCAUAUCGCCUUCCUAUUCCUCGCAGAAGCGUGUGUGUAUGCGAUUGUCGGUGCUGUGCUCGGUUACUUGCUUGGUCAGGCUGUUGCAACCGUCCUCGUCAAUUUCGGCUUACUCGCUGGAUUGACCCUCAACUACUCGUCAAUGUCAACAGUGGUAGCAACCAUUAUUGUGAUGAUUGUCGUGAUUGGAAGUACACUGUACCCGGCAAUUAAAGCCAGUCGCAUGGCGGUACCUGACAUCGAACGGAAAUGGCAGCUGCCGGAGCCUGAAGGCGACGAGUGGCACUUCGAUCUUCCCUUCACAGUGUUGGCAGAAGAAUCGCUCGGCUUGAACAUCUUUAUGCGCGAUUACUUUGAGGCACACGCUGACGAAUCUGCGAGCGACUUCUACACAGAUCAGGUAACCUUCGGUCGAACACCCGCGGAAGUGGAAGGGAAAGAUGAAGAAGCCUACAACAUCAGCAUGAUGGUGUGGCUCGCUCCUUACGAUCUCGGGGUCAGCCAAUCCAUUCGGCUUGUCACCUCGCCGGUCGGCGGAGAAGAGGAAGAGUUGUAUAAGAUUCACCUCGAUGUCCACCGCGAGAGUGGAGAGAUUGCCUCAUGGAAGCGCGUUAACCGCCGUUUCUUGAACCUUGUCCGAAAACAGUUACUGAUUUGGCGGACGUUCAGUGCUGAUAUCCGCGGUGAGUUCCAUGAGCGUGGACGGCAAGAGAGCGAGGCGGAAACGGCUCCGGGCGUUGGCGGUCUGGUCGCCCAACCGGCAGAUUGA